AGUUGCCAGCUUGUGUUUUGUCUCGAUUGUGAUACUCUUCUUCACGAGUCUCUACACGUAUGCCCCGGAUGCAACUGAUAUCUCUUUUUUUAAAUUACUCACGUUCUCUCACUUUUCGGACGGGUUUUAUUUCAUCUUUUUUAUAAAAAUUCUAAAAUAAAUCGAUCGGCUCCGUAAAUCUACAUUUCAAGAUGAACACACCGGUAAAAGCAAAACGGCAAAGGCAGCAAAUGCCAGGAACUCCGAUACCCAUGGGUCGGCAAACGCACAGGGCACAUUCCGCCUCUGGUUUCUACACUCCUCACGUCUCAAAAUUGAAGACAAACUAUGACAGAGAGUUUCAAAAGUUUCUUCGAUCUGCCAAAACCGCAAUCGAUCACUUGGAUAAGAUUGAAAUGCAAAUACUUUGCCCGCUGAAAAAGAAGAUAAAACGUUUUCACAAGGAAUCCAACACUCUCGAUGUCUACUUCAGGUCACAAACAUAUUGGAGAUCCUUCUACAAAGAGCUUAUGAACCGCAGCGAUGAUGUCAUGGAUUGCUUUCGAUUCGAGGAUCUCCGUGACGUUGCUGCAGUUGUUGAGAGUCAUCGAUUGCCGGAUGUGUUGGUUUCAUUUGUCACGCAGCAGUUGAUGGAAUGGAGAGAAUUGUUCAAAGACGUCGAGUGGAUGCGAAAGUUUCGUGAAUUGAGCCACAAUAUGGAUUCUUUGAAAACGAAAAGAAUUGAGCAUGUGCUGCGACAAGACAUCAUCAGGGAGAUUGGUGUAGCCAUCGAUGUGCACAAUCUGAAAAUCGAUGAUUUCAGAAGUCACAGCAAUAACACGGAACGGGUCGCGGAAGGAAUUGCUCAUGCCAUUGAAGAGUCCAAGAAUAAACAAGAUGCUGGGAAUCAGUUGAAGCAUGUUCCUGUGUUAUCCAAGCAGAUGAGUGUUCGACGAUGGUAUCGAGAACACUAUGGUGACCCGCAAGCUUUGUCAGAUGAAUCAGAUGAAGAAUCCUUGUCUGAUGGUGACAAUUCGUCUCUUUUUGUUGGCACGGCAGAUUCAAGCAGUCGUGACGCUAGUGACAUAUCGACGGAAGAAGUGGUCACCGAAAACGAAUUCGACGAAUUCUUCAAUUAGUAAUUCAACUGUGAAUAGUAUUAGAAUCUCCGGCAGAUCUACAAUUCAUUCGUAUUUUAAGCUGUAUUUGUUUAUUCCCUUUCAAACUGCGAUAACGCAUGUUUUCAUUUUCUAUGCACAUCAUGUUCCAUAUCAAAAUCUGUUUUUUAAUCGAUUUGAUUUCAAUAAACUUUUAAUAUUUUUUCCACUGAUUAUAACCAUUGAGCUGUUUCAUAGCU